AACCAUAGCAAAGUCUCACACACUAUCGCAGUGAGCUGGAGAGAAGCUGAACUAUGGAGCGCUUUCCUUCCCGGAACUGAGAGCGGAUUAAGCACCUCGGGAAGCUCGCUCUGACCCGUCUAACGCCGGACAUAUACCUGUUUAUCUGACCAGUGUGUUUAGAGGAGUUCAUGUGCAGUGAUCAUGCCGGCGAGGAGCGGGACAGUGAUGGGCUCCGUGAAAAUAAAAGCGCAUUUCGGCGGAGACAUGCUGAUCUCGUACCUGGACUUGAGCAUGUCCUUCUCGGAGCUGUGUGAGGAGGUGAGGGAGAUGUGCAGUGUCCAGAGGAACUUACCCAUCACACUUAAGUGGAUUGAUGAUGAAGGUGACCCCUGUACCAUCUCGUCUCAGAUGGAGCUGGACGAGGCAUUUCGGAUCUACAGCAGAAGCAGAUCAUCUGGACUCCUCCUGCACGUGUUUCCCAGUAUUCCAGAGAAGCCGGGCAUGCCUUGUCCUGGAGAGGACAAAUCGAUUUAUCGCCGCGGAGCUCGACGAUGGAGAAAACUGUACCGAGUCAACGGCCAUCUGUUCCAGGCCAAGCGCUUUAACAGGAAAGCCUACUGUGGACAUUGCAGUGAAAGGAUAUGGGGUCUGGGGAGUCAAGGCUACAAGUGUAUAAACUGCCGCCUGCUGGUUCAUAAGCGCUGUUAUAAACUUGUCCCUCUGACCUGUCAAAGGCAUAUGGAUCCAGUCAUGCCAUCCCAGGAGCCGCUGGUUGAUGAGAGAGGAGGAGGAGAAGAGGAAGUGGAGCUUCCCCCAGAGGACACGGAGGACACGGAGGACACAGACAGAAUAGCAUACCUGCCCCACAGUCGGACAGUGGAGAAGGCUGAAGAUGACCCUGAGGGUGUGGUGGACGGGAUGGAGAAGCUGCAGCUCUCGGAGACUCUGACUCUGUCUGAUUUUGAUUUGAUGCGUGUGAUUGGACGAGGAAGCUAUGCCAAAGUGCUGCUGGUGCGUCUGAAGAAGAAUGAACACGUUUAUGCCAUGAAGGUGGUGAAGAAGGAGCUGGUGCAUGAUGACGAGGAUAUUGACUGGGUUCAGACAGAGAAGCAUGUAUUUGAACAGGCCUCCACUAACCCUUUCCUUGUGGGUUUACACUCCUGUUUUCAAACUGAGAGCCGGUUGUUUUUGGUGAUUGAGUAUGUGAACGGAGGAGACCUGAUGUUCCAUAUGCAACGACAACGGAAACUUCCAGAGGAACAUGCCAGGUUCUAUGCUGCUGAAAUCUGUAUCGCUCUGAACUUCCUGCAUGAGAAGGGCAUCAUUUACCGGGACCUGAAACUGGACAACGUUCUUCUGGACCAGGACGGUCACAUCAAACUGACCGACUACGGCAUGUGCAAGGAGGGGAUCAGACCCGGGGAUACAACCAGCACUUUUUGUGGAACGCCAAACUACAUUGCUCCUGAAAUCCUGCGAGGAGAAGAUUACGGGUUCAGUGUAGACUGGUGGGCUCUUGGGGUGUUGAUGUUUGAGAUGAUGGCUGGUAGAUCUCCAUUUGAUAUUAUGACCGACAAUCCAGAUAUGAACACAGAAGAGUAUCUCUUCCAGGUGAUUUUGGAGAAGCCGAUCCGUAUCCCUCGCUCGUUGUCAGUAAAAGCAGCGAGUGUGUUAAAAGGUUUCCUGAACAAGGAUCCCAAGGAGCGACUGGGGUGCCAGGUUCAGACAGGGUUCACAGAUAUUAAAUCUCACACGUUCUUCAGGAGCAUCGACUGGGACCAGUUGGAGCAGAAGCAGGUAACGCCUCCGUUUAAGCCUCAGAUCACAGAUGAUUAUGGAUUAGAGAACUUCGACACACAGUUCACUAACGAACCUGUACAGCUCACACCGGAUGAUGAGGAUGUGAUAAAGAGAAUAGACCAGUCCGAGUUUGAGGGCUUUGAGUACAUCAACCCCCUGCUGCUCUCCUCUGAGGAAACAGUAUGAGGGAGGAACCGGAGCCAGCGGUUCUAUCCACUGGCCCGCGGCUCUGAGCCAGACACACAGCUUCCGUUCUGACCAUCUGAAUUCAGCUAGCGAGAGAGAAAGAACUCCGUAAAAACACAGAAAACUUCUCACCACUCAGACUCGUCUCCUCAUCUCACACCCUCUCAGACUCCUCUGAAGUUCUUCUGGAAGAAAGAAAACGAAAGGAAAAGAGAACUGGAGAAAGUUUUACACUGAAACUCAAAACCCGGUUCCCUUCAAAAUCAUUCGAAUUGUCUUCCUCCUUCCCAUCAUCCUCUCUGAUUUUCUUGGUUUUUGUGCCUGCACUCGUCACAGACUUCAUUUCCCAGAAUCCCCUGCUACAGACUAUGGUUCUACUGGAGAACUUAACGUGCACUUCUUCUUCUUCUUCUUGUAUUUGUUGUUUUUAACUGAAGCUCAGAUGUUGGCAUGUGCCGAUGUUCAGGUUUAUAAUAUGGGUUUAUGAAGACAAGGCGUCUCUUCCGCGUCAAUCCCAAUCCCAUAAUUCACUUCAUUAGACGAGAGAAUGUGUGAAACUCCUCACCGGUCAUUCGAUGUGACUGUGGUCAUUAAUCUGAAAGAGUUUGUGGUGUGAAGCGAGAGGAAACGGCGGGGAUAUAGAGCCGGAAUCUCGGCACAUGCUCACUCCCAACACGAAUGUUCAAUUAAACACAACCUUUAAUUAAAAAGAAAAGUUUAAUUGUAA